AUGAAAAAGCGCGGCAAUUUGAAAUCGACCAAUAAGAGCGCCGUAUUUGAAACCCGCACUGUGACGUCUAGGGUUUCUUAUAUCGCUCACGGUCAUCAGAAACCACAGAAUAGUGAUGACUUUUUAAAAGAUUUUGUUUCAGAAGCUGUUUUCCUUACAUCUGAUGGUAUUUAUAUUAAUAAUAUAAAGAAAAAUGUUGUAAUAGAAGUGAUAUGUUGUGAUGCACCUGCGAAGGCCUUCCUCAUGAAAGUUAAAAGUCAUUCAGGGUUUUCUUCUUGUACGCGCUGUACAAUUGAAGGUGAAUAUCAACAAACCCGUGUUUGUUUUCCUUACUUAGAAAAUGGUAGCACUAUUAGAACGCAUGAUGACCAUAGACAAAUGAAACAUGAAGAACAUGAAAUACAUCCAUUACAAUUUCAAGUAUUUGUUCAAUUUUAA